AUGCUAGCCUCAACAUCAAGGCUUCCAGCUUCAACGCUGAGGUCGUCUUCGAAGCCAUUGCUAUCACAAGCAGCCCGCAACAACGCCGCUCCUGCCACACAGAUCGCCUCUUUACCUCCAACACACAUCGCCAUCGCUCGAAAAACGCUUUCGACGAGCACAAUAGCGACGAACAGUUCAGAUGCCGCUCCAUCUUCCUCAUCGACCAGAACAGCGCCACCCGCAUCUGCACAGCUCUCACCGCUGCAGUCGCCGCACUCGUACCUCUUGGAAGAACUGGCCAAGCGCGACCACCCUUCAUACUUGGCGCACCACUUCUAUCCCAAACACCUGCAGACGCAUUUCGCUGCGAUCCGAACGUUCAAUGUCGAAAUCGCCGGACUCAAGGAUACCGUAUCGAACGAGCUGCUCGGUCGGAUGAGGAUGGGGUGGUGGAGGGACGCUGUGCAGGGAGCAUACCACAACCGUCCUGCCAAGCACCCGGUCGUCCUCGCAUUGCGCGAUGCGUUCCAAGACCCGGCUGUGCGGGACAAUGCAGCGGGCGGGCUGAUGCUGGACCACUUUCUGCGCAUCAUCGACGUGCGCGAAGCCGAUCUGGCGGACGACUUCCUGGCGCCGUCGCUUGAAUCGCUCGAGUCGUAUGCAGAAAGCACAUCGUCGCGCCUGCUGUACCUCUCGCUCAACCUGCUCGGCGUACGCAGCGACGUGGUCGACGAACUCUUCUCCCACCUCGGCAAAGUCUCGGGCCUCAGCCUCGCCAUCUCCAGCAUCCCCUAUCACACACACCCGCCCGCGCACAUGCGCAACUCGAUCACAAAGGGCGCCCGCAAACUCGUCCUCCCGCGCGAAUUCGUACACGACCACGCCGUCGUGGAGGAGGACGUCUUCCGCAAUGGUCCCGAAGCAAAAGGCUUCCGGGAUGCCGUGUUUGCGCUCGCGACGCGUGCGAACGACUACCUCAUCACCGCCCGCAAGAUUGUCGCAGAAGAGUUCAACGGCAAGCUACCCACCGCUGUCGUGCCGCCUCUGGUGGGCGUUGUGCCGGCGAGGUCGUACCUGGAGCGACUCGAGAAGGCCGAUUUCAACCCGUACGACGCAUCGCUGCAGAGCGGAAAGCAUUGGAGGCUGCCGUGGGAUAUGUGGCGGGCUAGUCGCAAACGCACCAUCUAA